AUGGCGGUGGAACACAAGCCAGCUGAGGAGACAGACCGCCUUAGUCUCCUGCCAGCAGAGCUCCUCAUGGACAUCGUCGAGCAUAUCGCCAAGUGUUCAGCCGGAGUUCUUCGCCGUCACAGAGAAACCCAUGAUAAGUACGGCGUCAUCUCAGACCUCCAGCCAGCGACUAUACCCACAUUGUUGCGAAAUGUUGUCAUGCACAAGGACCCUUGGAUCACAUGGCAUAUACGCUCACUAGAGAUAAGGGGUAGCCGAAGGUUUUGGGAAGACUGGUGGCCGUUCAACCUCGUCUGGCUUUGGCCGCGAGAACGUUUUGACGAAGAUGCGCAGCCGUUGGAGUGGACGCUGGAAGAUAAGGAGCGGGCGGAGUACAUGCGGCUUUUCAAAGAUAUAUUUCAUCCGGGUUUCGACGAUACGUGUGUGGCCGACCAACAACUCGACGAGGGUUACUAUGGCAUCCUCAAGAUCUUACUUAUGGCUAUAUGCCCUCACCUGAAUAGUGUGAAAUACAUUCUGCGCGACGAGGGCACCAGAGAUGACAGCCUCAAAUGGCUCACUUCGCUCAUCGAAAUGAGUCACCUUGCCGGACCCUGGGCACCAGGGCUACGCGCUCUUCGUGGGGUCUCCAUCGAAGUGCGCUCCGGAACUUGGCUAGACUACGACCCAUCGAUACCGUCUACUUCCUCGGCGUCUACGAUCGGGAUGGCGAUGCACCUGUUCAUCGACAGCGGAGAGUUUUUGAGUCCAGGGUUCUGCUCAGCCCUCCUCAACGCCCCUCGCUCCCUCAAAACCCUCCGCCUCUACGGCAACGUCAGAGGUGAUCAGGAUUGCUGGCACGAAAUCGACAGAUUCCUGCUCAAAGCGCGCAACGCCCAGGCUGAAUCUCUUGAGAGUAUCAUGCUCUACGGAGCGUGGGGGGUGGAAACUGCUCGCAAAUCCGGCUGUGACCUGUAUCACCUCCAUUUGCUCGAACUCAACACAUUUCCACGCCUCCGGCCAGUCUGGCUCGACAACGCCGACUUUCUCAAGCAGGCAGACAGCUACGAUAUGUGCACGAUACCAGACCUAUGGCAAACGCCCGCCGAAGCAGCGCUAGAGUGGAUUAUCUCCCGCCUCCCCGCGUCGAUGGAGGUUCUCUUCUUAGGUAACUCGGCAGAGCAAAGUGACACAGAGAAGACAGAGGAUCUCCUCAUCGGCCUUCUCAAGUCGGACAGGUUCCCAAACUUCAAGGCACUAUUCAUUGAGGAUGACGUGGUCCGACGAGAUCGGUGCGACCGGGCGCGUUGCUCCAACCACGAGCCGCCCAACAAUCUUUACUACCAGCGCCUCAUAGCCGUGGGCGAGAAGCGCGGGGCCGACGUGAAUUGUACGGCUAGUAGGCCCAGGAAGAGGAUUCACAGCGAAGAGGAUAUCGGGCUCCCUGCUGCCCCGGAUUACGCGGCCGCGCUGAAGUCUUUGCCCUUGGACUCCUCAAUCCAUGGUUCCGACGCGCGAGAGUUCACUGUGGUUGGAGGCGAGUGGCGGCUCAAGGGGUGCGGUAACUGUGGCGAGUGCGAGAAGUGUUUCCAGGCGUACUCUGAGGAGAGUCGGAAGGCGAGAGGGAAAGGAAUCGAGACAUGA